AUGAGACUCAUUAUUCUUCUGGUAUGUCUACUUGCAUUUGUGGCUCAAGCAGAUAAGGACGAUUGUGAAGGUAAGAAGCAUAUGUUUUAAAUUUUAAUAUCUAGUUAUUUUAGUGUGUACCAAAGUUUUGACUGACAUUUUGGAGAAAGUUCCUGCAGACAAGAAGUCAGAUGCAAAUACCAUUGAUAAAAUUGCCCGAUCUCAUUGUAAAAGUCUGAAAGCCAAGGAGAACAAACUCGUAAGUCUUAACCUUCAGUUUUCUUAUUUUAGACACCAAUUGGAAAUGUCAAAACUGAGUUUAGUGUAAUAUAAAACAACCUUUUCAUGUGUAAAGUACGUGUAAACAUAUUUGGCGGAUUAUAUGAUGUAAAAGGGGAAUUCAUUGGUUGCUAUGCGAAAAUUAAAUAUAAAACUUUGUAGUGCUUCUACAUUGGUGCCUUACCGGACUCUGCCACCUCAAUCAUGGGUGAGGUAACGAAGCCUUUGUCCUGGGGAAUGCCACCAGCCAAGGUGUGUUCCGAGAAAUUGCAGAAGAAGGAUUCGCAGAUCUGUGAGCUCAAGUUCGAUAAGAGCAUCGACUGGAAGACGGUCGACUUGAAGAAACUACGGGUCAAGGAGCUCAAGAAGAUUCUCGAGAAUUGGGGAGAGACAUGUAAAGGAUGCACGGAGAAGACCGAGUUUAUCAAGAGGAUCGAGGAGUUGAAGCCAAAGUUUGUGAAGGAAGAGCUGUAG